AUGGAGGACAUAGAGGACGUGGAGGACGCUGAUAUCCUGAAAGAACAGAUCCUGAAGGAACAGAUCCUGAAGGAACAGAUCCUAAAAGAACAGAUCCUGAAAGAACAGAUCCUGAAGGAACAGAUCCUGAAGAAAAAGAUCCUGAAGAAACAGCUCCUGAAAGAACAGAUCCUGAAGGAACAGAUCCUGAAGAAAGAGAUCCUGAAAGAUCAGAUCCUGAAGAAACAGCUCCUGAAAGAACAGAUUGUGAAGAAACAGAUCCUGAAAGAACAGAUCCUGAAGGAACAGAUCCUGAAGAAACAGCUCCUGAAAGAACAGAUUCUGAAGGAACAGAUCCUGAAAAAAGAGAUCCUGAAAGAUCAGAUCCUGAAGGAACAGAUCCUGAAGAAAGAGAUCCUGAAAGAUCAGAUCCUGAAGAAACAGCUCCUGAAAGAACAGAUUGUGAAGAAACAGAUCCUGAAAGAACAGAUCCUGAAGGAACAGACCCUGAAGAAACAGAUCCUUAAAGAACAGAUCCUGAAGGAACAGACCUUGAAGGAACAGAUCCUGAAGAAACAGAGCCUGAAAGAACAGAUCCUGAAGGAACAGAUCCUGAAGGAACAGAUCCUGAAAGAACAUAUACUGAAGGAACAGACCCUGGAUAAACAGAUCCUGAAGAAACAGAUCCUGAAGGAUCAGACCCUGGAGAAACAGAGUCUGAAGAAAAAGAUCCCAAAGGAACAGAUCCUGAAGAAACAGAUCCUGAAGGAACAGAUCCUGAAGAAACAGAGCCUGAAAGACCAGAUCCUGAAGAAACAGCUCCUGAAAGAACAGAUUGUGAAGAAACAGAUCCUGAAAGAACAGAUCCUGAAGGAACAGACCCUGAAGAAACAGAUCCUGAAAGAACAGAUCCUGAAGGAACAGACCCUAAAGGAACAGAUCCUGAAGAAACAGAGCCUGAAAGAACAGAUCCUGAAGGAACAGAUCCUAAAAGAAGAGAGCCUGAAGGAACAGACCCUGAAGGAACAGAUCCUGAAGAUACAGAUUGUGAAGAAACAUAUCCUGAAAGAACAGACCCUGAAGAAACAGCUCCUGAAAGAACAGAUCCUGAAGGAACAGAUCCUGAAAGAACAGAUCCUGAAGGAACAGACCCUGAAAGAACAUAUCCUGAAGGAACAGACCCUGGAGAAACAGAUCCUGAAGAAACAGAUCCUAAAGGAUCAGACCCUGGAGAAACAGAGUCUGAAGAAAAAGAUCCCAAAGGAACAGAUCCUGAAGGAACAGACCCUGAAGAAACAGAUCCUGAAAGAACAGAUCCUGAAGGAACAGACCCUAAAGGAACAGAUCCUGAAGAAACAGAGCCUGAAAGAACAGAGCCUGAAGGAACAGACCCUGAAGGAACAGAUCCUGAAGAAACAGAUUGUGAAGAAACAGCUCCUGAAAGAACAGAUCCUGAAGAAACAGCUCCUGAAAGAACAGAUCCUGAAGGAACAGAUCCUGAAGAAAGAGAUCCUGAAAGAUCAGAUCCUGAAGAAACAGCUCCUGAAAGAACAGAUUGUGAAGAAACAGAUCCUGAAAGAACAGAUCCUGAAGGAACAGACCCUGAAGAAACAGAUCCUGAAAGAACAGAUCCUGAAGGAAGAGACCCUGGAGAAACAGAGUCUGAGGAAACAGAUCCGAAGGAACAGAUCCUGAAGAAACAGAUCCUGAAAGAA